AGGGCGUGCAGAUUCUUGAUUGCCUACCUCUAAGUCAUCACUCGCGACACUUUACGUCAAUUUCAAUCAUGAAAGGGGUGAUGGGAUUUAACCGUCUUUACAAUGCAGGUCAUAGCAUAAGUGUCCGAAAAUUCAGUGACCCUGAAUAAAAAAGUGGGACUUUGUACUACUUAUGAUAACCGUGACCAAAAACCUUUUUGCGGAUACUUUAAAGUGCUCACUUCUGGCUGACACACAUAAAACCCUACCAGUUGUGUAUAUAAGCAAUCUAUUCCUCCUCGUUACUUAUGAAGAGUUUUUACUUUCCAGUUAAUUGAACAUGUCGAAUGGAAUUCUAAAUUUUGUGAUAGGGACGAUCUUGAUAUUCCAUUUAAGUGCAUAUUCUUGGGGCGUGAAGAUAUUUAAACCAGAUACAUGUGACAAGAAACACACCUGGUUCCUCCAUGGCAAGACAUACCAUUACUUGUUUACUGCCAUCUCUGACUCUGGAUUUGUCGGGGCUUCCGAGUCAAAAGCAGGAUUCAAGUACACGUGUAGGUUCAGUGUUGAUGUGGCAAGGAAAUGCGAAGGCUUAUUAAAGAUUGACCAUUGUGAUCUAUAUGAUAGACAGCCUGGUGCAGACGUAGUGUACAAUAAGUCUGCAAAAUCUGACUCGUUCAGCAAACAAAUGUCAAAAAAUUCGGUUUAUUUCCAAUACCACUUAGGGGAGGUGAAUAGGGAAGGAAUUGUGACGUCAGAGGUGGAGGACCCGGCUAUUCUCAACAUUAAGCGAGCUAUUCUGUCAUCUCUCCAGCUAAGGAUAAUGCCAGUGGACCAAUACGACAAACAACCCCACCAACAGACUGACAUCUUUGGAGCUUGCCCAACUGACUACAAAGUUUCAGAGUGUGAUCCCGACGUCUUCUACACAGAAAGAAAUCUGAGGCUCUGUGAAAUGCCACAAAUUUAUAGUAGACCAAUGAAUAUUCUCUCAAUGAUCCAAAAGCCAUACGGUGGAUAUAAAAUUGGAAAAGUCUUGGAGGCUGUUUACCCGUUUUCAUCUACUGUUAAAUGCAAGCAUGAAGUUAAUAGAAGACAUCAACUGAAAAUGGUAAACUGUCUCCAGCAGCAAAUAUUUGAACCCACCGCCUACAAUGGAUCAGUGUAUGCUUCUUACAUGACCAACAUCAGCCAGUCAUUGGAGCUGAAAGAAGUCGUCAAACUUGAUACUCGUUCUGUGAAUAGGAGAAUCCGUGGUAAAAAAUAUGUAGAUAUUUUGUUUGAAUUUGAGACUAAGAACCAAGCAGAGACAACUACAGAGAACAUUAACAAUGUGUUACACCAGCUUGUGGAUGGGAUGAAAAAGGAUAACAUGGAGGAGGUACCAGGUCUCUACCAUCAACUAGUUUAUACCAUGAAAAAUUCCAACAGUAAAACUUUGUUAGGCAUUUUGAAAGAUAUCUUGAAUUGCCAUGGCAACAACACUGUCAACUGUGAUUCCGUUUACCAGUACGCAGAGAAGGAUUAUUUUUUGGACGGUCUGUUGUCCUGUGGAACACAUGAUUGUUUGGAGGUGUUCGCUGAUUGUUUAAAGAACGGACAAGUUUAUGAUCCAAUUAUAAGCUCACUGUUCUCAUACGAUCUCGCCAUCAACCAUAAACCCUCUCCAGAAAUCCUCUCUGUUUUAUUUGACGUGUGCAAGAACAGUAGCAAGUUCGAGCAUUGGUUACCGUUAAGUAUCAUGGUUCAGAGGUUCUUGCAAGAGACUCAUACCCCGGAAUUUCAGCAGGAUCAUAUAAUUAUGGAGUUUGUUUCACAUAUUGCACACGAGAUUGGAUAUACUUGUCAAUCAGAUAUGUGGCAGCUCCUAGACGCACAAGGAAAGGAAAGUAAACAUGACCAUCUUAUUCUAAUGUUUAAGGUGCUUGGUAACAUUGGAAGCGUUAUACAGAAGUUUCCAUCCCUGAGUUCACAAGUUGACAAAAUAAUCAAAUCUACGCUACUUUGUGUAGAAACCACAGAAAUUCCGUAUCACUUGUCUAAAUCAGCUUUACAGGCCAUAAGUACCUUAAAUGCGACAGCUGAUAUCAGGUCGUCAUUGCUGACCGUUCUGUAUGACAUCAGACGAGAAGCCUCUCUUAGAACCCAGGCAUUUGUGACUUUGGCAGAGACUGCAGAUGAAGACUUGUUGACUACACUGCUGGAUGUUCUGCAUACAGACCCAAUGGACUAUAUGAGGAUGUACAUGACAUCUUUCAUUGAAGGAGUUAUGGAGAACGAACAGCCCGAUAGACAGGGGUAUCGAGAUCUCUGGAAAAAAGUUUUAAAAAAGGAUGGAAGACACCUUCCAUCUCAUUAUUCGUUCCUAGUUGGAAGAUCACUAUACAUCGACCUAUCUAGAUACUUCAAGUUACCUUUGAGCAGUACUUUUCAAGGCCUACAGUUGGAGCUAGACAUGGUGUACGACCCUCUUAAACCAUCCUACCAAUCAACCGUCAUUAAACUAAAUUAUUUCAAUGGGAAAAAGCACAAUAUUCUGGAAGUUGGAACAGAUAUGAGAGGUUUGGUGCUGCAGGAUGGGAGUAAAAGUUAUCAAGGAAUCUUUUCCAUGAUCUCGCUCUUCAAGAGGAUUAAAGAUGAAGUGGAUAAGUCUGACUCGGUUAACCCUAAAGAGAUGUUUGGCAACUUUCAUACAGAGUUAGUCCAGGAAAUCAGAGGAUUGUUUCAGCGCAUAAAUUAUCAAGGAGACAAAGAAGCACUCGGUGGACUGCUACACUUGAAAGUGUUUGGACAUGAAGUUGCUUAUGUUGAAGCUGAACGCUUACUGGAACUUUUAAGUGUAAAAUAUUUAACAACCAAAGGACACGAGUUUUUGGAAGUGUUCAUGUUUCAUUUUAACAAGGGAUACAACCGCAUAAAAACAAGAUCAUCCCAGAUCAUGGAUUUGACCAAAGUGUUACCCACUGUCAGUGGAGCAUCCUUAAACAUGACAGUCCUUGUCCUUCACACAUCUGCUACAGAGGUCAAGGCUAAAUUAUCGUUAGAAAAUUUUCUGUUGGGACUUGGACCACUGGAGACGCUAGCCCAUGUCUCUCAUCAAGGAGCUUUUGAAUUCCUUGGACAAAUGACUGUAACUCUACCUUCACUAGCCUGUAAGAAAGCCAGAAUGGUCACACGUGGAGUUUUGAGAGGUGCACUAGAUGUAGAUGCUAUGUUGACGGCCUUCAAACCAAGCAUCGAAGUCCUAGAACACUUCAAGUUGACUCUAUUCAGCAGAAACGAUGGAAUGAAAAAAGAGUUUGCAUUUAUAAAAAACAAAAUGGUUCUGAUGCAUGGCGAUGAAAUAGAUAUAGAGGAAGUCCCUUUCCUUCCAAAUUACCAUGGGAAAUUUGAACGGUGUUAUGCUUGGUCCCCCCUGACAGACCAGGAAGUGUGUGUGAGUGCUGACUACCCUAAUGUCACAAGCUCCACAUCGCAUGCCUACUUCCCUUUAUCUGGUCCCUCCUUUGCUUCAAUUUUCAGGAAGAACAGCACAUUUAGAGAUAUGAAAUUAACAGCCGAUUAUCAGAAGAAAAAAGAAUCAAUUGACAUUGAAAUAAUAAUUGAUACAACAGGUUAUACCGGAAAUCAGGUAUUUAACCUUACCUUCAGUGACUUCAAGGGUCCAUUUUCUUCCUUUACUGCUCAAAUGAAGACCCCCAGCAAAAAUUUCAAGUUCGAUUGGAUUAAUGAUAGAGUCAUUAGUCGUGUAAAUGGCACAAAAGUUACCAGAAAAACACGUGGAAUUACGAUAGAAACCCAAGGACAGCACUUUUAUGGAAUAAUAUUAAAGGAUAACGAUACACACGUAUUCUUCAACCUCAACCCAAGAAACCUAUCAUUGGAAGUAUUUGCGCCGGAGUUUAAACUGGAGAUGAAUUUGGAAACUUACUUUCAUUAUAGAUAUAAAUUUUUGAAAAUACAAAGGAAACUGUUUUGCACUAAAAAAUGGCCUUUGUUGUAUCCACUUCACAUUAACACAAAGUUUGCAUCAGAAAACGGAGACAAAUCUGUUUUAUUAUUUAAAUUUGAAGAGAAAAAAAAUUACAUUAAUGUCAACAAUACAAGAAAUCAAAAUUUUUCAAUUCAUUUCGGAUAUCCAGGUCAAGAUAUUGAAACGGAAAUAGGUAUAAAGAAAAGCAAUGGAUCACUGACUGAUGUUGAAGUUGAAGUUUCCUAUCUGGGACAAAAUCAAAGUCAGGAAUGUUUGUUAAUUGGUGCUAAAAUAGAAGAGCAAGAUGAAUCCACUGGCGGUGGAUAUCAAUACUCAUUCGUAGUGGAGCAACGACACAAGUAUCAAGUAAUUGUUUCCACCAAGGUCAAGGAUUUCUCAAGGGAGAUUGGAGCAGACUUUAAUUUGACCUAUAAAUUAUUGGGCACUAACGACGAUUUUCGGGAGAAAACAACAGAAAUUCAGAAAUUUGUUCCGGAUCCUGACUGUCGGCGUCUUGGAUUGUUAGGGCAACAGAAAGUAACGAUGAGGGCUAAAGUGACCGGGAACAUAGCCACUCUCCGGCUCAAACAUGGACCAGGCGUUAAUAUUGACUACAAAAUGGCCCUAACUUACCCACUCUGUAACAACUACAUAUAUUUGAUCGGCGAAGGAAAUGUUGGAAAACUGGUCAAGGGAAAUGGACGAAAUUAUUGGCAGUGGUUCACUUCAAGCUUUUUAUAUGGAACUCACAAGGAGGCUAAUAUUCCAAGAGAGGAUUUAAAUACUUCUGUUGCCACACAUUUUAAUUUGACUCUAAAAAGCAUCUUUGACAGUGAAUAUGAACAUAGUUUAUCUAUUCUUGUGCUGAAUAAUGUUGAUCCUUCCUGGUUUUUCAACGUCUCCUACAUGUUCCAGUUCCUAAGGAAUGCACAAAACAAAUCUGAUUUUUUUCAACUAAAAUCGCACCAAGACACUCCGUGGCAAUUUGUGAAUUAUCAUCUUGAAAAAAAUUUAGCGUUAAGACGCAAUAACAUUUCACGUUGGUGGAUUGAACUCUUAACCAACUUUUCUAAUUCCUACUGGAGUUUGAAUGAUAACUUAACGGUUAUUGUUCUUAACAACACGUCUUCUUUGGACUACAAUGCAACUGUGCGCAGUAAGAUCUCGUUUAUCCCUCUAAUUGUAACUUAUGGAUUGACUGGGAAAAAAAGGUGGGGAGAAUUUCCAGAUUUGCAGUUGUAUUUUUCGCCAGAAAAUGCAGAAUAUUCUGUCACGGUAAACUUCAUCACGCCCUCCCGGUUGAACAUAACAGUGACAUCAGAAGUGAAGGCCAAUAAAAGCCAUCUUCUGACCUUGGAUAUGGAAUUGACGGGCCCUACCCAGCUGACUAACACACUUCACUGGGACGCAGAUAAGGCAUCCAUACCUCUAAAACUUCGGGGACUUGGAGUCUUAAAAGGCAUCAUAGCCCAAAGCCUACUUAAAGCCAGUGGUACCAUGAUGACCAAUCUCAGGAAACCACUUCCUGAAAAAGACGUUCCCUUCUUGAACAUGACUGUACGUGAGUUCUUCGAGGAUCAUCUGAAGCCAUUUUUGCACACUGUGCCAUUUACUAACACCUUAAAUGGCUUGUUACAAUGCAAAUUGAAUUUAAAUAAUGCAACAGGGUCAAUAUUCUAUUGGCACAUGGAUGUGUACAUUGCAAAAUUGUUCAAGUUACUUGGAAGUUCUCUUACAAACACUCCAAGUAUUUUUCUUGGGACAUCUGAUAAUCUACAGAGGAUAGUUGUAGACGUUUUGACGAAAGGAAAGCUUGUCUGGGUAACUCCAAUUCCAGUCAAGCUCUCUAACUUCUUUAGAUCGGAAUUAGGCAUUGGACAAAGAUACAUCAAGUACUUGGCAUCAGUUUCGAGAAGUGGAGAACUACAUUCAUCAAAUCACGUUGCUCGCAUUGAAAACUUCAGAAAUAUCAAAACAUUUGAUGGAAACGCAUAUACAAUUCCAGUUAGCGAUUUGGGGUGCAAACAUUUGCUGACAGCUGACUUCCAGCAGGGAAAGUUUGCAGUGGUUCUCUCAGUCAAUGAAAUCUCUCUCUUAACUGUGACACAAUCAGUUACUGUGGACGCCCAAGGUAGAUUAUUCCUGGGAGAUUGUGACACACCAGUAACAUCUUUCCCACAAAUUCAAAGGGAAAUACAAAUUGAAAGGCGAAGCAACAAAUCAAUACAUAUCAAAACAGACUAUGGUGUAAGUCUAACCUUUAAUAUCGUCCGUAAUGAUUGUCGCUUGGAACUUACCUCAAAGUUCCGGAACCAGACCCUAGGGCUUCUGGGAAAUCCGGACUCGGAAAAGGGCACUGAUUGGAGAAAUCCCGAUGGAGAAAUAAUGAUAAAUCUUGGCCAGUUUCUCCCAGAUUAUGCCCUAGGCCAUCCCAAGUAUUGUCACCAACUAAAAGAACCACAAGAUGUAUCCCAUCUGUACAAAGAAGUCAGUCUAGCAAAUCCCAAAGUCAUACCAGUUGAGAUUGUUUUAGUUGCGUUGGAGACCACAAAGAUGGCUGAGGGUCUUGAUUCUGUACUUUUGGAUUUUAUCAAAUCUCUAAAGAAGAGGUUUACAGAUAUAAACAUUGGCGUGCUUAUUUCCGGGAGCAAAAAUAUCAUCAAUCCUCAUCAAUAUUUCAUGGACGCCAAGCUCAUUAACAGCACUACAUUGGAGGAAAUAUGGAGAACGGAAAUCACUACAGAGGCAUCUUUAUUGUUGAACAUGGCUGCCUCCUACCCAUACAGAACACACAGUCAUAAAAUGAUACUGCUACUAUCUCCAAACUAUGAUGUCUUGAAUGACUCGAGUUCCAGAGACUUGAACACUUUGUUUGACCAGAGAAAGAUUACGUUAUAUAUGGCGUCUAACUACGCACGAUUCAAGAAAAACGUUCUAGGGGUUGGCUGGGACAGUGCAGCCAUCAUGCAUCAGUCCAGGAGAUACAUAAUGAUGUCUUUUCCAAAGAGUGAAGUAGCCGAUAUUCUGGAAGACACAUUAGGAGCCUUGUUUGACUUGGAACCAAUAAUGAGCAGAGACCUCAGUAAAAUUGACACUUUGUCGAAAUACUUACACGAAGAAAGUUCUAGAAACAGCCAGUGUUUACAGAUAUGAUGGUGUAUAUAUCAAACGCGUGUGGUAUUGGAGUCAUCUUGAAUGUUUUUGUGUUGAAGGUAAUAAUAUCAGUGUACUGGUAUCCACGAUGUUUCAUACAAAUGGACAGUUUGUGUUAGUACUUUGGUUCUUUCACAUAUUGUUCAAUUCAUUGUUUUUACAUAAGAACUUGAUUUUUGCAUUAUACAUUAUAGUACUCCUGUAGAUAAAUUCACAAAUAUU